AUGCUGCCACAAAAUCUCCUCAUCCUGGUGUCUAUCACGCCUUGCCUUGCGAUUUGGCCCCAACCUGCUGAGAUCCGAACUGGUCAUCGAGUAUUGUGGCUCGAUCCAGCCCUCCAUGUGACUCUUCGCUGCGAAGAGAAAACAGUUGAUCUCUAUGGCACUCCUAACUCUCAGGGGAGUCAUCUGGCAGGCGUGCUCAAUGGCGCUUUUGGACUCACACAGGGCCUGAUGGAUAAGCUCCAACUCGCCUUUAUGACCAGAAACAAGAGCGACCAGCAUUGUUUCUCUGAGAGAUCAAUUGUGCAGAAUGCCGUACGCGAGACCAUUCGAUCAAUCCAACAGUCCAACUUCGUCCCUUGGAAGCUUUACGAACGACAUUCGACUUUUGAGCCUGAUCCACAUGCUGCGCGUCAUUACAUUUCCGCGUUGCAUAUUCAGCAACAGUCUUGUCCGACAUCAGAGUCGCUUUCUCCGGAAAGCUAUUUUGGAGGCGAUGAAUCAUAUCUAAUCGAUAUUGACGACGUCGGUAUCACUUCUAUCAAGGCAAAUGGCAGCAUUGGGACGAUCAGAGGCCUUCAGACUCUUGAACAGCUGUUUUUUGCCCACUCAACAAAGUCGGGUUCGUACACACCAUUCGCGCCUUUGAGAAUAGCCGAUAGAGCCAGAUGGCGUCAUCGCGGGUUGAGCAUUGACAUAGCGAGAAAUCCCUUUGAGUCGAAAGACCUCCUCCGCACAAUCGAUGCAAUGGCAAUGACUAAGCUGAAUAGAUUGCACAUCCACGCGACUGAUUCGCAAAGUUGGCCUCUCGAGAUACCCUCCCUCCCGGACUUGGCUCGAAAAGGGGCGUAUCAACCCCAUUUUGUAUGGAGCGCCGACAACCUUCGUGAGAUCCAGAUGCAUGGUGCCGCCAAGGGCGUUUCGGUCUUCAUUGAAAUUGACAUGCCGGGGCACACGGCGUCGGUGGCCUAUGCAUAUCCCGACCUGAUUGCGGCAUUCAAUGAAUUAGAUUGGUCAACAUUUGCCGCAGAACCUUUGAGUGGCCAGCUUAAACUCAAUUCAUCGGACGUUCACAGAUUUGUUGCUACUGUCCUUGAUGACCUUUUGCCGCGAACGAGUCCUUACACGUCAUUGUUUCACGUCGGGGGCGAUGAGUUGAAUCGAGCGGCCUAUCUCCUCGACGAAACAGUGCAGAGUGACGACCCGAGAGUGCUGCAGCCACUGCUACAGAAAUUCAUCGACAAGGUCAUCGUGGCAAGCAUCCGGUAUGGCCUUCAGCCAAUUGUCUGGGAGGAGAUGCUUCUUGACUGGAAUUUGACACUGCCUUCUGCUACGGAUAGUGCUUCGUCGAGACAGACCUUGGUCCAAGUUUGGCGGAAUAGUGAGCGGAUCGAAGAAGUAUUGAAAAGAGGCCAUCGAGCAAUAUUUGGAGACUACCACUUUUGGUAUCUCGACUGUGGUUUUGGGGUCUUUCUCAACCCCUAUCCGUCUGGCAAGUCGCCUCCUGGAGUCCCCUACAACACAUCAGGUGGAUACCCGAGCAAAUUACAAAAGCCAUAUGUUGACUAUUGCAACCCUUAUCACAACUGGAGGCAGAUGUAUACUUAUAAUCCGCUGGCGAAUAUUAGUGCUGAUCUCCAAGAGGGCAUUGAGGGAGGCGAAGUAUUAAUGUGGUCUGAGCAGACUGACUCGAGCGACCUUGAUUCAAAGCUUUGGCCUCGAGCUGCGGCAGCGGCAGAAGUGCUGUGGGCGGGAGUAAGGCAAGAAGCGAUGCUAGAGGACGCCACUAGAAGACUGGGGGAAUGGAGAGAAAGAGGGGUCAUGGAUCUGAGGAUCCGCAUGUCGCCAGUGACCAUGACGUGGUGUUUGAUGGAGGGUGGGUGCAACUUGUAG